UGAAGCGGUCCAAACCCUUCACGAAGAGGCGCCUUUGAUCAGCGCCAUACCUACGCCAAACCGCACAUAUUCUCGACGCCACGAUGUCGGGUUUUCAGAUUCCUGGACUGGGCCAAGCAAAGCCCAAUGAAGUUCUACCGCCGCUUCCAGCUGAUCUCGCGGUUGCCGCUGCGAGCGCUGCCGAAGAUGACCGAGAGAUGCUGGAUGUGAACCACUCCGCCCCUCAAACAGCACCAUCAACGACAGAAGGCCACAGCGAACCCGUCAAGGCCGUCUCCGAGGCUCCAGCCGACCACAAUAUGUCAGAUUCUAUGCCAAUUGGCCAGCCUGGAAGCCCGCCGUCCGUAACACACGCCCUCGAAGCAGCCCUCGGCGGCCUCGACAACGGCGAGACACCUCAACAAGCGCCCCAGCCUGACGCAGAGCCGGUCCCUUUACAACCCGACGAAAGCGAGAACCCUGAAUGGGAGAUUGAUUCUUCUCCUUACGAGUCAUCAGACUCUAGCAGCUCCGACUCGUCGUCCGAGGAUGACGACUCGGACAAUGAGGGCUACGAGCCUCUGGGUAUUGAAGAGACGGCACGGCUUCUCAUGGAGAUGGAGGGGGGCUCUGACGACGAAGGCGAUAAAGGAAAGUCUGCCGCUGGCUACGUGCGAACCAAGAAUGAGCUUCCCGAAGAGCCCAUUCCCCGACCGGACGUGACGAUCACUCCCGAAAUGAAAAUAGAAGAGCUGGGUGUUGUUGAGCAACUUGUCGAAAACAUCAUGCUUGUCAAAGCCUUUACCCCAGGAGAGUACCAAGUCUUGGACAGCGGAUCGGUCUUGUGCAACUCAGAGCGAGUUGUCAUCGGGGUCGUUGGUGAGACGAUAGGCAAGGUGGUGCAGCCGAUGUACACAGUUACGUUCAACUCGGCAGAAGAAGUCAAAGAGCUUGGACUGGAGGUGGGGACAAAGAUAUUCUAUCCUGUCGAUCACGCAUCGUACGUCUUCACGGAGCCUCUGAAGAACCUUAAGGGCUCGGACGCCAGCAACCUGCACGACGAAGAGAUCGGCGAUGAGGAAGUAGAAUUCUCAGACGACGAGAAGGAAGCAGAGUACAAGCGGUCGCUGAAGCAGAAGAAGAAGGACAAGUGGAAGAGCGGUGGAAAGGAAGGGAAGCAGGCCCAUCCUUUGCGCCAGGAGAUGUCUGCGGACGGCAGCUUGAACUAUGACGAAGAUGAUGGCCCCUACAAGCCGUUGGCACGACCUGCCGGGUACGGUACUGGUCCUCAAUCCACUGAGAGUCAUGAGCCUCCUCCCAGGUCAAGCUUUCCCCGAGGAGGUCGAAGAGGAGACUCUCGGGGCAGAGGUGGUCGAGGCAGAGGCGCGGGCCGUGGGGGCCGUGGAGGCUACAACCAGCCUAGGGAUGGAUACUCUCUUCCUCCUCAGGGCGCUCAGAACCCUUCAGCAUCCGCACCCCCAAGCGGCUCGUGGAACUUCAACCCCGUUCCCCCUCCCAACUCCGUGCCCGCGCCCUCUCUUCCUCAGUUCGGCUUCCCUCUUCCCGGGUGGCAGCAGCCAGUGCCCUCUGGGGUGCCGCCGCCGCCACCAGGCUGGCCUGGAUCUGCUCAAGGACAGGGUCAGGCAUCUAAUGCUGGAAACUUUGUCAACCCUGCGUUCUUUGCGGCUUUGAUGAGCCAGAUUCAGGCACAGAGCGGGCAGACGGGAUGGAACGGCCAAGUCCCGCCGCCUCCCCCGCCACCUCAGCAAUGA